AGAUAUAAAUAAAUAUGUCCCAUAGGCUCACCCAUGCCGGAUGUUCCCGAAGAUGGUAUCCUUCGCCUGUACUCAAUGCGCUUCUGCCCAUUUGCCCAACGAGUGCAUCUGGUCCUGGACGCCAAGCAGAUCCCGUAUCACAGCAUCUACAUUAAUCUCACAGAGAAGCCAGAGUGGCUGCUGGACAAGAAUCCACAGGGCAAGGUACCAGCUCUAGAAAUUGUGCGAGAACCUGGACCACCUGUGCUCACAGAGUCGCUACUGAUUUGUGAAUAUCUGGACGAGCAGUAUCCACUGCGACCACUCUAUCCACGUGAUCCGCUGAAAAAAGUGCAGGAUAAGCUACUAAUCGAGCGAUUUGGAGCGGUGCUAGGUGCCUUCUUUAAGGCAUCCGAUGGCGGUGAUCUGGAGCCUUUCUGGAGCGGCCUGGACAUCUACGAAAGAGAGCUGACUCGCCGCGGUACAGACUUCUUUGGUGGCGAGCAGACGGGCAUACUAGACUACAUGAUUUGGCCCUGGUGUGAGCGCCUCGACCUCCUUAAGUUGCAGCGUGCAGAGGAUUAUAACUACGAUGAGCGCCGCUUCCCGCAGCUCACUCUUUGGGUGGAACGCAUGAAACGGGAUCCGGCUGUGAUGGCCUUCUACAUGGAGGCCGAGGUUCAGGCAGAGUUCUUGCGCACACGCAGCUUGGGUCGACCUAACUACAAUCUGCUGGUGAAGGAUGCCUGA